UAGCGUUAUGAUCAACUACAGACACAAAUAAUUACUUAACAAGCAUUUCAGUGUAUUUUUACUUUCAAUUUUUUGAAAAAACUGCCAAUAACAUUGUGCGUUACAACUUUGUGUUAAUUUGCUGGAAGAUGAAGACUAAAUUGUUAGAUUGCUCGUAAGAAGCCACACUUACACGUCUGAAAGUGCAUUUAAAGUAACAUUGCAUAAAUACCCUGUUCGACCACUUGUUAGUGCCCCACAAACCGGCAAUGCCCUUCGACUUUAAGUAUUCAGUUCGAGACGACUUUGGUAACGAUUACACCCACAACGCGAUCAACGAUGGGGACCGGACCACUGGCGAAUAUAAGGUUCUUCUACCAGAUGGUCGGACCCAAGUUAUCAAAUACAUCGCCGACUGGGCAACUGGUUUUCACGCCCAGGUAAGCUACGAAGGCCAACCCUCGUAUCCUGCACCGGGUGUUAGAAGACCUACAGGACCGCCUUCAACUCCCCCAGUAACAGGUAUAUAUUUCUCAAAUUUAUUUAACAUACUUUUAAAGACUUAUCUACUCAUAAAAUACUAGGGUCAAUUGAAAAGUCCCCGGCCUUACACAUAGA